AUGGACCCCGACCCAACGCCUCAAUGGUGGACAGGGUGGCUUCGAGAGUCAAUGCAUAUGUGCCCUCUCGAGUCUGACUUUCAGACAGUCAACUCCUCAUACAACUGGACGCAGGCGUAUGACAAGUACAAUCCAAACCAAUUCGAUGUCGAGCAGCACGAUCGGUUGGAGAAGCUGUUUAUGGUGAACUCCGACCCGGGUUACAACUGGGGUACUAUGCCUGGUUGCUUCUACCUUGGUACACUCAACCGCACCAAGGUCGACACAUGCCAGAGCUACGGCGGCAUGGCCAUCAUGAACUCGCGGACCAGGGACAUUGUCGAUGCCGACGUCUGGUACUGCGGGCUCCGGGCCCAGGACUACGAUCCCCGCAAGGACACCGACGCUAUCAAUACCCGCAUCUCCGAGUUGAGAUCAGGCAUGUCUGACCUGGCCAUAACGUGCCAGGUCCCGGGUUCAUCCGCAGCUCGUCGCAUCCCCUGGUCCUGGACACCGGUGCUCUCUGUCGGGGUGACGUCCCUCGUUGCGCUGUUGUAG